UGUUCUCCAUCACAAAGUUGGUGGUCCCAAAUCUUGUGAGUUGAGACCUUUUAUCGUGAUGAGUUGUGAAGCAAACUGGCCUUUCCAGUGGAAUUCAUGACGAGUAAAGCCUCAUUGUAGUUUUACUGUGUGCAAGGGGCCAGACUGAAAGAAACACAAGGAGGAGGCUCAAAUUUCUUUGGCCUAAUAUUUCUGACUUUACACUGUUGCCUUCAGGGGCAAUGUAAAAAUCUGAAACGUGAACUGUCACCGUAAUGAGCUCAUUGGAUUUUAACUGUAUCUGUUUGUUGUUAAAACAACCAAUUUACAAUCAGAUGCUCUGUAUCAUCUAUUCGUGUGGGUUUUAAAGUCUGAGAAAAACCAAUAAGAAGAAAAAAAACACCGUUGUGGUAAAGAAGCCUGUUUUACGAGUGUCCCUGAAGGCAUCAGCUAGCAGUCCAGGGAGGAUGCAGACCAGAACAACGGACAAGUACAGUUCUGGCCCAGGCUGACAAAACCCACCUAAGUGGUCUUAAAUUCAGGACUCACUGUAAUCCAGAACCGACCGUCUGCUCGCUCGGUCCAGAGUCCAACCGGACCCGGACUUCCCACGUCGCCUGUGGACAAUGGACUCUCACGUCCUCAACAUCCGCAAUCAGAGGCUCCAACCGGGCAUCGGCUUCGGUUCUGGGCCGACGGGGACCCUCCGCUCCUCCUCUCUCCGGCCCGGCGUCACGGUGCCUAUCCCGCCGCCGCCGCCGCUGCUGCCCUCCCCGGCUUCCCUCGCCGCCUCCUCGGGGCCUCCUCCGCCGCCGCCGCCGCUUCAGCUCCACAGCCUCUACGGAGGAGUCGCCGGAGUUGGGGCCGGCCUGGGUCCCACCGCCCCCGGCCACUGCAACCCGGGGAACCCGGCGGUGCUGAAGGAGGCGGUGGAGGCGGUGGUCCGCAGCUUCGCCAAGCACACGCAGGGCUACGGCAGAGUCAACGUGGUGGAGGCCCUGCAGGAGUUCUGGCAGAUGAAGCUGAGCCGGGGGGCCGACCUACGCAACGGAGCGCUGGUUGUUUACGAAAUGGUGCCGUCCAGCAGCCCGCCGUACGUCUGCUACGUGAGCCUCCCGGGGGGCAGCUGCUUCGGAAGCUUCCAAUUCUGCCCCACCAAGGCUGAGGCCAGGCGCAGCGCAGCCAAGAUUGCCCUCAUGAACUCCGUCUUUAAUGAACACCCGUCCCGACGCAUCACAGACGACUUCAUCGAGAAGAGCGUCAGCGAGGCUUUGGCGUCCUUCAACGGAAACAGAGAGGAGGCCGAUAAUCCCAACACGGGAAUCGGGGCGUUCCGUUUCAUGUUGGAAUCCAACAAAGGAAAAUCCAUGCUGGAGUUUCAGGAGCUGAUGACCGUUUUCCAGCUCCUCCACUGGAACGGAAGCCUGAAAGCCAUGAGGGAACGCCAGUGUUCCCGUCAGGAAGUGCUGGCUCACUACUCCCACCGGGCGCUGGACGACGACAUGCGCACCCAGAUGGCGGCCGACUGGGUGAACCGGGAGCAGAGCGUGGCCAGCACCAUCGCCCAGGAGCUGGCGUCGACCGAGCGCGAGCUGGAGGAAGCCAGGCUGGCCGGGCGGGAGCUGCGCUUUUACAAGGAGAAGAAGGACAUCCUGAUGUUAGCCGUGGGCCAGCUCAACGCCGCUAACGCCGCCACGCUGCCCGCCCACUAAAUCCUGGGUAACGACACAGAUGCCCAGCUAUGAAACAAGCCACGAUAGAAUGCUUGUUACCGUUUGGUGCCUCCUUCUUACAACAUCUGUGUUUUUUUCUUGUCAAAUUGGCGUACCAGCAGGCUGGCGUUUACAUGUUUUGUCUUGCCUAGGAGCUGCCUUUCAUCUGUGAAUGUGUGAAGCCAUCAAAACACUCAUUUCUUUAAUUAAUACUUCAUUCAUUCAUUCGACCGCUUAUCCUCACAAGGGUCGCAGGGGUGCCUGUCUUCGGGCGAGAGGCGGGGCCAAACCCAGGGCACAUAUAGACAAACAACCAUUCCCACUCACAUUCAUACCUAUGGACAAUUUGGAGUGGCCAAUUAACCUAGCAUGUUUUUGGAAUGUGGGAGGAAACCGGAGUACAUGCACGGGGAUUGCCAAGGUUGGAAUCAAAUUUUGGUCUCCUAGCUGUGUGGCCUUGCAUGCUAAACACUCCAGCGCCAUGCAGACCUGAUUAAAACUUGUGUUUUUCAUAUUUUAGAGUACACAGCAGUAUUGUGCAUCAACACGGGCGAUCAUUUUUGAAGCAAAGCAGCUCAGGUGUAGCAGCUAGCGUGGGUGUGUUUGCAUCAGAAUGUACAUUUUGGCUGAAGGACCUACAAACAUGUUGUUGUUCCAGCAGUUUAGACUAUUGACUCUCCAGGUUCUUAUUUGAUUGUGGUUGUUUGUGUUGAGCAACUGCAUCACAUGUGAGUCAUUUAAGUCAACACCGCACACACAGCAAUUGAUUUGAAUGUUUUUGCAGUGCCAGUGUAGCAGAGGCGUACGCUUCCAAUGCUCUAAAUGGGACAUCCCAGGCAAAGUUGGAUUAGAGCUGCAAAGAAUGACUAUAGAGUUGCAUAUAAAAAGAUUAAAAAAAGCACAAAUGCUAGAUCUCUGUGGUGGCAAUGAUGGUGCCUUUACAAUUACGGUAGCAGGCGUACUUAAGUACACUUAAUCCACCCCCCCCCCCUCUUUAAUUUCCUGUAAUAAAAAACUUUUAAAUCCUACUCGAGUGUUAGUUUAGCUGCAGCAGGAGAGUCAUUUGGUCACCAUAGGAAAGCGCUUCCAUGCACGUUCAAUUACCACCACGAACAAUAGCGCAUUCAUGUGAUAAAACGCUCAACCUCAAAUCUGGCAGCUCUUAAUAUCCCAGCCUUGCCAUGAAUCAUUCGCAUGAUUUUACUAUUGGAUGUCAAUGUUACUUUUUUUUUUAAAGCGUAAGCCAUCUUUCUGACAAAGACUUUUGUGUGUGAUCCUUAUAUUGAGGGCUUUAACCGAGUUACAUUAUUAAAACAUGUAUUUUCCUUGGGUGCAUGAUAUUUCUAUUAAGUUGUCUGUUAUCCAAACAGUAUUUUUGUUUUUGUAAAGAACUUAUCCAGGUCAUCAUUGUGUGUAUUUUCUAUGAGUGUUUUGUAUUCAAUGUUUAUACAUUUAGUAGAUUUAUAUAAUAAAGUACACGAUGAUACACUUUUA